GAGGCUUGGACACCGACUUGAGUCGCAUUCGUGCGUGCCAAAUCCCCUGCGCAGUCAUGAAUUUCGACAAACGAAUCUUGGCCAUCUUGCUGUUAGCGUUUACGUGUGGAAGUGGCAGUUCAGUGACCACAAACGACACGAAGACAGAUCUGUUUACAAAGAUGCUUCGGCUAGGAACGAGCUUUUUAAAAUUGGAUCCCAUGGCGCUACCUGACCAAGCGGUGGAUUUUUUGUUGUUCGGCCAAGUGUUACUCCUCGAAGGAUCAGUCUCAGGCCUUCAAUCGCUUUCGCGAACAGGCCCAAACAUUAUACGAGCAGAAAACGGUACCUUCAGCGCUAGCGUAGAUGUUGGCACUCAGCAACUACUAGUAAACUACACGGCCGUGAUAACUGCUGCCCGUUUUAGCCACCUGGUAGCGUACAUGUCUGCUUCCAUUAGUGCAACCAGGAUGACCCUCCAUCUCAAUGGGACUGAUGCCGGCGAACUUCAACUUGGUGGUUUCGAACUAAUUAACUUUGAUGGACUGGAAGUUAAACUUGAAGCAGUAAAGCAUGGUGACUUUCUGAUUAACACCAUUAUAAAUGCUGCUACAAAGCUCUUCAGGAGCGUCUUGAAGAAGAAAACUGAAGAAAUGAUUGUCAAACAUGUCAGAUCUUCUCUUAAAGACAUAAACAAUCUUUUGGCGACGCACGCGUAGGCUAAAGCCACUACGUAAUGUGAUUACCGCUGACGACUAAAUAUGUUGGAAACAAUAAAGCAUACUCUAAAAGUCCAGAUGUCCGUUAUAACUUUAUAAAUUCCUUUAAUAGGAUUCUACGCAAACACACGACGAAAACACUAUAUUUAUGCAUCGAACAAACGAGGCACUUCGAAUGGAAAGUUUGGUAUCAGCCAGCG